AUGGAAUCCCCUAUUAAGAAGCCCAGAACGAUGGUGAAGGCCAAAAACCCCGUCAUGGUGCUGCAGGAGCUGAUCAUCAAGGAGAAAUUACCGCCUCCUAAAUACGAAAUAAUCAGCAGCCUCAUGGGGACCCACAACAACAGGUUCGAGUACUGCGUGAGGGCCGGCCCCGUCGAAGCCUUCGGCAUCGGAACAUCGAAACAAAUCGCCAAGCACAUCGCUGCGCACAAUGCUUUGAUAGCUUUGGAAGAACUCGGCCUGUACGAUCGCCAAGAAAACCCCGUGGAAGAAUUCAAGGCGGCGGCUCUUCAGAAAAUGGAAAUCGAGGAAAAUUGCAGCUCGUUGAGCUCAACACCAAAUUGCAUAGGAUCCUUGAGAACUCUGUGCGAGGAAAACAAAUUUGAAAAUCCCGAAUUCACCGAACUGUCCGUCGUGGGGCCUCCGCACGAUAGGGAAUUUUGCUACAGAUGCCAAGUGGGUUCCUUCCAAACGGUAGCUACUGGAAACAGUAAAAAAAUGGCGAAGCAACUGGCUGCAAAAGAGAUGCUGGAAUCGAUAAAAAACACCAUACCAGUACACGAGAGCUUGUGCAAGAACGUAGAACAAAGAGCCAUAGAAUCCUCUGAGCAGGACCAAGAGGCUAUUGAAUUGUAUAAUAAGAUAGCGAAUGUGGUCAUCAACAAAAAAGUAAAGAUCCCGGAACUGGCCUAUGCUUUUAAGAAUUACAUGAACGAUCUCAACAGAAACCUGAACGAAUUCGAAGAGGAUCUGUCGGAAGGAACUGAAGAGGCAUUGAGUAGAAUUCUGGAGAAAUUAGAUCUGAGGUUCGAAUUCAUCAAGUUACAAGAUGAUCCGGUAUUUAUGCUUCUAUCGAUUAAUUGUGAUGUACCUUUUUCACAAGUUGCUAUGGGGAAGACGGAAGAUGAGGCUAAAAUGAAAGUAUUGGAGAGUACUUUCGAAAUCCUAAAUCUUUUCUUUCGCCUCUAA